CCUUUUGUGAGUCAGUGGGCUGGGCUCCCACUGAGGUGCAGGGGCCGGGGCUGCGUCGCGGGGCAGUCACGUAUGGGACUUUCCAAAAGUAAACACAAACUCCGGAAAGGUGAGGACCCAAAGUCGGGGCGCACCUGUUCAAUCCCAGAGGCUACGGAAAGGCCGGUGGACAGGCCUUCACAAGAGUCUGAGGAGCCUCUAGACACCGAGCCUGCAGAGAGCUUCCAUGAGAAGAAAGGGGCAGCUAAGUGGCAGUGGCCUUCAUCUGAAGUGGAAGAGAAACCUGGUGUAACUUCAGAAAAGAAGAAGUUGCCCAUCCCCCAGAUCGUCAUCACCGCAGCCUCAAAAGAGACUCUGAUCAGCUCUGGCUCCACAGGAAUGGAGGAGCGGAGGACCAUUCGGGAAAGGGCUGAACCGGGCCCGUUCUACCGACACAGGAACCCCAGUACAGUAGACGCCUAUAAUUCACAGACCACAGAAUAAACAGGCACCCCAGUAGCUGCAGUCACUCCCUGUGCUCUGAGUCUCAGGGGUGAUGGCAAAGGGCUGCCCUAUCCUGUGGAAAGCUGCAGGUGCCCCUUCAGUAAACAAGGCCCUCCCCAGCUUCUCCAAAGCUGCAGGCAGCUUGGCAGAGGGCAAGAGUGCCUCUGGGGUAAUCGCUGAAGAGAUGACCCUGUCGGAGCUGUCUGGCUGUGCAGAGUGAUGAACCGGUAGCAGGCAGCAUCUCUUGCUGACUCUGGAUGGGCAUCAGAACCCUUCCCGUUCGCUUCUGAAGGAGCGUGGUGUCAGCACUCAGCAGCUACCGUGGAGGAGGCGUCCCCCACCCUUGAACAAAAGGUCGGACUCUGAAGGCGAAACCUUAAGGUGUUAGGUCCCAGAACAGGAAAGUGCACAGUCACCUUGGAGGGUCCAAGGGCUCCUGGCUUGAGUGUUACGGAUGCAAAGGUAUUACAGGCUCCAGAAGAAGAAUGUGGAUGCCCGAGGUGGGGGAGCCAUGGCGCUUAGAGCUGUGGGAGGGGCUUGGCCAGAGCUGCCCUGGGAGAAGGCGAGUUGAACGGACGACUUCCCCUCUUUCUGGCUGUGUCUGAGGGCUCCUGGUGGGGAGGGGCCGUUCAGGGGACCCCCAGCCUCAGCUGACCACCCUCACCAGCAGCCCUUGCGUCAGAGUCCACUCUCCUCCGGGGUGGCUGCAGAGAGUGCCCUGCCCGUCCGAGCUCAUACGUUUCGUCUGAUGACAGUAUAUGUCAGCUUCCUUCCUUCCUGGAACGACCAGCGGGCCGUACAGGUGGUCUGUCUCUGUCUACUGAGGAGGGUCAUAUUCUUUAGUAGUAAAUAGUACAAGUGACUUCCAAUCCAUGAGUUUUGGUAUAACCCAAGAAAAAAGAAAUCUCAUAUUGACAUUGUUUACUAACAUAC